UAGAUCCGGAAACUCCGAAAACGCAACACGAAACGUCGGAAAUGACACGAUCGUGCUUUGAAAUGUCAGCACGUUGUCGUGUUUUUUAAAUUGGUGCCUCGAUUUGUGCGCUUGAUAUAGUGAUAACAUUUGGAGCUUAGCCUGAACGCAUCGUUGAAGCUCAGCGUCAUGGUGUUCACCGAGAUCAAUCAUAAUUUUUAGGUUUGAAUCAACUUCCAGCUUCAAUGGACGACCGUGAGUUAGGCCUGACAGAGACACAGAAAGCCACUAAAUCUAAAUAUCCUCCCAUCAACAAGAAAUAUGAAUACCUGGAUCAUACAGCAGACGUGCAAAUUCACUCCUGGGGAGAUUCAUUGGAGGAAGCUUUUGAGCAGUGUGCCAUGGGAAUGUUUGGCUACAUGACUGACACAGAGACUGUGGAGCCCAUUGAUACUGUUGAUGUGGAAUCAGAGGGUGACGACAUGGAGUCUCUUCUCUUCCACUUCUUAGAUGACUGGUUGUACAAGUUUUCCGCAGAUCUCUUCUUUAUCCCCAGGGAGAUCAAAGUCGUGUCCAUUGACAGAAUGCAUUUUAAGAUUCGCUCCAUUGGGUGGGGUGAAGAAUUUUCUCUGGAAAAGCAUCCACAGGGAACCGAAGUGAAAGCUAUCACGUACUCUGCAAUGCAGAUCCACGAUAAAGAAAAACCAGAAAUAUUUGCCAUCAUUGAUAUCUGAGGAUACCUCUGAGGGCAGAUCACGCUCCUGGUUCAUUGGAACUGCUCGUUUUACACGGCCAAUUUAACUGGUCUUCCUAUUUUAUUUUACGCACUGAUCAUUAAAUAGCAAAAUCAGGUGUUCUGCUUUUGGUGAAUUGUCUACUGUUGAAACGCUUAAGGGUUAAUUUAAUGAAAGCCUGUCUCAUGAAAUGCAAUGUAGAACUAGAAAAGAAUAACUUUAGAUAAACAAACUGCAGUGAUAUAAAGGGUGCAAAUGACAUUAAAGUAAUUAUGUUUAUUUGAAGUCUUUCUUAAUAAAAAAUAUUAAAAAACUGAUCUCAUGGUACUUUGAUACAUCUGUAAGACAGUUUGCCUAUUUUUUAUUCUUAUUUAUGACACAUUUGAAACCACGAUACUUCUAACUCGUCUAGGUAUAAAUGCAUGUUUUGUGGAUUUGAUUUAAUGGUUAUUGCUGCCUUAAAAUAAAGAAUUUUUAUAUUUGA